AUGGGCCUGGUCAACUGUGUGGCCUGUAACUCUGGCAUAACAAAUGAGUGGUUACCUCCUUCCCUGCAGGUGGAGUCACCGUGGACAAUCAGAAAACUCAGCGGAACUCUCUGCUGGCUGGAGACGUACGGCUCCUUCCAGGAGGUCCUGGUGUCUUUUGGACGAAGGGUUUUGUGCUACCCACUCCACAGACACUUUGCAUUGGUCUCUGCAGCACUACGUGACACAACUAAGAUUUUUCAGUCAGGGAGAGCUUGUGUCCUCAAAUGCCUGCUGGAUAUUCACCGAGUCUUCAGGGAGAACGAGCCGGCCUACAUACUGAACGAUCUGUACAUCAUAGACUACUGCAUCUGGAUCCAGAGGGUCAAGUCUAAGAAGGUGGCAGCCUUUUCUGCAAUGUUACAAAAAGCCUCUCUGCGGAAAAAAGACUUGGAGCUGGAGCUGGAGGAGCUGGAGGAAGCAGCAGCGAUGGUGGCGGAGGACGAAGAAGAAGAAAACGAAGCUGAAGAGCAGGGAGCUCCCAAGGGCGCUCCGACAUCCCGCGGUGACAGCAGCGGCGCUUCCAGUGACAGCAGCAGCAGUGGCUCAUCUGAUGAGAGCGAGGAAUCUGAGGCUGAAGGGCAGGGAUGCACCGACUCCAGCAGGAGGGGAGGAGGUGGAGGAGGAGAGACGUCUAAGGACAACCCUCCCCUGCCCCAACCCACCUCCGCUGCCUCUCCCAUCCCCCAGGAGCCGACGAGCACACUCCUCUCGGCGGAGAGAAAAGUGGACGCCCUCCCCGCAGCUUCAGAAAGCACCAGACAGCUGAUCGAGGAGCUGGGGGAGCGGGUGGCAGAGGAGCUGAACGUCUCUCAAGGCUCCAGCUGCAAAGCGGAGAGAAGCCGUUCACAGCUGAGCAGCACUGAAGCAAAGACUGAAGCAACAUCUGUGAGGAGCAGCGGUGGGACUGUGUUAGAGCUGAGUCCUCGUAGAAACCCUCUGCUCAUUGUCCAAACACAGGACCAUCCCGAUGACAGUGGCUUCAUCAGCUAAGAGGAACUGAUGUGGAACUUGAAAGACUCUUAUUAAACUGAAAUGAACUGUUAACUCCAUUCAAGUGUAAGAAAACCUGUUGGACCAUUUUUCUCCUAAUAUUUUUCUUUCUACUUCUGGAAUUUUUCCAAGCUUCUGCUUUGUGCAGCUGGGAUUUUAUUCUUUAACAUUUUUCUAAAGGACUUUAUUUACUGUCUUGAAUUAUAUUAUCUUAAAAGAUGAACUCAAAGCCUCAUUAAAAUCCUUAUUACCUAUUCAUAUGGUUUUUUCCCUCCUUAUUUCAUUGAGGAACACUAACCUCCUUAUUCUGUCUAGUCUAGUCUUAUCUUGACUGUUUUUGUCUUUGCUGCUCUCUUAAUAAAUGAAUUAAUAAUCUAUGCUCCAUGACUAGACUUGAUCCCUCAGCUAUAUUUGAUUUUGUAUGAAUAACUUGAGUUCCUUUUUUGAGUGUAAAACUUCACAACUCCCCAUGUAU